CACACACACACAAAACAGAAGGUUUUGGGGACAUUCCCAUUUUUCGACCUGUAGUACGCUGCUUUGUUCAGGUCGUCGAUCGGAGGUCUUCCCAUGGUCGGAUUCUGCUGAAAUUUGGACAGCUUGUUCGUGACUUCAAGGGCUUCAUUUUGAACGGUUGGAUUGUUCAUUUGAGCUCUGGUUUGGUCAGAAACGCUGCACGAACAGACCUGCAGUUUUGGGUGAUUUCUACACCUUAUUGUGCUAUUUUGAUCUCUUAUUGUUCUUGAUGAUUGUUGGUGGGCUGUGAAUCCUUUGUAAACUGAUUUUGGGUUCUAUUACCCUCAUUUAUCAAUAAGAGAAUUAAGGGUGGACUCCUUAAGAGGUCUCAUGGUUUUUUAUCCUUCACGUUGAAUGGUUUUCCACGUAAAAAAUUGUGUGUGCUCCGUGUGCUUUAUUUCCGCUCUUUGUUGUGCUUUAUAUUUUGCAAUAGUGCUGUUUUUGUGUGGUAAUUUGGUUGGGUAUCAGUUUGGGUUGCAUAUUUAGUUGAUUGUCCUGAGGUUGUGACUUUGUGGGUGUCAUAGAGACCCCUUAUUUGAUCCCUAAAAGUACUCCUUCCGUCCCACUAAGAUUGGGAUAAUUCGGUUUACGAUGCUUGACCAACGAUAUAACAAACAGAUCUCUGUUCGCUCUCAAAUUAUUUUUAGAAAAAAAAAUUACUUUUUCAGAAACUACAUUAAAAGCUUUACAAUGUCGCAAAAACCUGAAUCAAAUUUGAUAAAAAAAUUGAUAUAUAAAGUAACAGAUUAAGAGUGAUUUGUAUUGACCAAGUGAAUAGUGUCUGAAACAAUCUUAGUGGGACGGGGGGAGUAUUAGUUAUGAACUUAUUUGAUCAUACAUUCUUUAUUUACCCUCAUUGCAUACAUUAAGUUUACCAUUUCCCCAAAACAAAACAUAAGUAGUGUGACUUUUAAUGAGGACAUUUUGGGUAAUGAAUUAAAUAUUUUGAGUAAUAUAUCAUAACAGUGUGACUUGAUUAGCAUACUAAAGUAUUGGUAGAGUAUGUAUUCUAUUUCCAUAUGGUACCUCACUGUUUGGAAGUAAGGCUGUAAGGGUUAACCUUGACCCCCAAAAUGGGUGUGUUUGUUUUUUAGGUGUAACUCUAGGUACCGGGAUUAAAACAUAACAUAUGAACUAUAAAACCGUCCAUGAACUCUUUUCUAUGCUUAGUAGCCCAUUAAAAGUAUUUUAUUUUGCUGUUAUCAUUGUACAAACAUUGGAAGUAGGGGCGGAGCCAAAGGGGUCAGAAAGUAGCAUCAAUUUGAUAUAUUAUGGCUCUAGUAACUCCCUACGUCUAAAAAGCUAUGAUGACUUUUGGACAAUCAAUACUAAUCUAAGCUUAAAAUGAGUAAAGUUUGAUGUGUAAUAUUGAUUACAUUCCCAAAAUUUAAAAAAAAAACUAUGAUUCACUUAUUAUUUAUGUGACAAGACUCAAAGACAGAAGAAAGACAACUUAUCUUUUUACAACGAGUGUCUACUCAAUAGUCAAUUAUUUUCUUGUAAGAAAUCCUUAUAUUAAGUUGGGUGAGAGGAGAAGUGUACAGUUCUAGGGUAAUACAAUUGGUCUCAUCUGAGGUAAUAAGUGGUGCAAAAACCCGUGAUUAAAUUGGUAUAAAACAAUUUUCUAAUGCAUAUGACAUACGUAGUAUAUAUCAAAUGUAUAUCUCUAUUAGUCUCAUUUAAAUUAUCAUUUAUCUAAGGUACAUAUGAAACAAUAAACUCGAGUAUUGUCUAAAAAUGAUCCAUCUUUUUCAUUUUCUUAUAUAGUUGAAUUCCCCCACCCACCCACCCCCGAAUCGUUUUUUGGCACUUCCAAUUUGGAAGUGUUUUACAAUGUAUGACAAGCAAGGAUGAGAUAUUGACAUUGACAUUGUUAAAUGGUAGAGUGAUUAAUCGGUAUAUGAAUGUGAUGGAUUAAUUUUAUGCUUGAAUUUGAGGUUAAGCUGCCAUCAUCUGCUAUUGACCAGGCUCCACGCGAUCUUGUGAGCAACGUUGAAUCAAACCGUGCUUGGGAUCUUCUCACCCCUUGUUAUGAAGGAGACUCCAAUAAUGACUUUUCUAUUUCGGGUUUAUUAUUUCAAGCAGAUAUAGAGAACCAUGUCCUUGUCGAGAAAUUUAUGGUAUUAAAUAUUGCUGAAGUACCUCUCUGUUCUGAGGCUGUGCUGAAGUCUGACUCAUCUAUAGCAACCAUCAAGGAUUACUUCCAAAACACUAUGACCAAUGGAGUGGACUCACUUUCUCAUUUUUUAAUUAGUGAAUUUGAAAAAAUCCUUGCCUCUUUUUUGGGUGAUCGCGACACACGGGCUAUGAAACUAGAUGAUGUAGAGAAAACUAGCAACGGUAUUUUGGAGGACAACAAUACUAUUAAAGGUAAUAAGCCUUCUGUAGGUGACGAGUGUGUCUUUGUUGAUCACAUUUAUUCAUAUUCAGCGGAUGAAUUUCUCGGUCAUGCCUCAAAGAGCGAGAAGAGACCUCCUAUAUCAUCAAUGGAAGAUCUUUGGGAUUCUGACACUAACCAGGAUGUGUGUAACAAGGCUACUCUGGCUACGUGGGACAACUAUUUGCCUACAUUGAAUUUGAACACUCAGAUUAAACUAUAUAGGAAAAAGCAUCAGCGAUCACAUAUAAUGAGGACUAGAUCACAAUCUCGUAUGGAUCUUUUCUGUCUAGAAUAAGCUUUUUUUCUUUCUUGGGUGGUUUUUCUCAGUUGCACUGCAGGUUGGGUUACCCUUUGCAUGUUUUUGCUUUUCUUUUUUAGCAUUUUCCCCUUUCAUUGUUUUCCUUUUCUUGCUUUAUUUUUUGUAUUUUCUUGUACUCUACUUUGCGUUAAUAAAAUUGAGUUCUUUUGGCAAAAAAAAACAAAUAGGAGAGUUUGAGC